GGGGUGGCGGUUGCCCGGAUGGGCCGUUAGUCGGAGCCCUGCCGCGGAGGGAGCGAGGGAGACGGAGGAGCCGUACCCGGCGCCAUCCGCCGCCAUCCGCCCCCGCCCCACCGCCAUCCCACCCCGGGGAGCCCCUGGGCUCCGGUCCCGGAUCCCCGCGCACCCGGCCAGGCUCCGGCACGUUUUGGGGGAGGUGCCUGUAGGACCCAUCGUACUCAAUGAGCUUCCAGCGCAAUGUCCGAUCGCUCGGGGCCGACUGCCAAGGGGAAGGAUGGAAAGAAGUAUUCCUCGCUCAACCUGUUUGAUACGUAUAAGGGCAAGUCCUUAGAGAUCCAGAAACCCGCUGUUGCCCCUCGCCAUGGCCUGCAGAGUCUUGGGAAAGUUGCCAUUGCCCGGCGUAUGCCACCCCCAGCCAAUCUACCGAGCCUGAAAGCCGAGAAUAAAGGCAAUGACCCCAAUGUCUCACUAGUGCCGAAAGACGGAACAGGAUGGGCAAGCAAACAGGAGCAGUCCGACCCCAAGAGUUCCGAUGCGUCAACCGCUCAGCCGCCGGAAUCGCAGCCACUGCCGGCUUCGCAGACGCCUGCCUCGAACCAGCCGAAACGACCCCCAGCAGCCCCCGAGAGCGCUCCUUCGGUUCCAAGCGGGGUAAAGUCCUGGGCCCAGACCAGCGUCACCCAUGGAGCACACGGAGAUGGUGGAAGGGCAUCAAGCCUACUGUCACGAUUCUCUCGAGAGGAAUUUCCGACCCUGCAGGCGGCUGGCGACCAGGACAAGGCUGCCAAGGAAAGGGAGUCUGCCGAACAGUCGUCUGGGCCCGGACCAAGCCUCCGCCCCCAGAAUUCCACAACCUGGAGGGACGGCGGUGGGCGUGGCCCUGAUGAGCUGGAGGGCCUGGACUCCAAACUUCAUCACGGCCAUGAUCCCCGGGGGGCACUGCCACCUUCCGGCCCACCCCAGUUCCCUCCCUACCGAGGAAUGAUGCCGCCCUUCAUGUACCCCCCGUAUCUCCCAUUCCCUCCACCCUAUGGACCCCAGGGGCCUUACCGAUACCCCACCCCUGAUGGGCCCAGCCGUUUUCCCCGAGUGGUAGGCCCCCGGGGCUCAGGGCCGCCAAUGCGCCUCAUGGAGCCCAUGGGUCGGCCCUCCAUUCUUAAAGAGGAUAACCUCAAAGAGUUUGACCAGCUGGACCAGGAGAACGACGAUGGUUGGGCAGGGGCUCACGAGGAGGUUGACUACACCGAAAAGCUCAAGUUCAGUGAUGAGGAGGAUGGACGAGACUCCGAUGAGGAGGGAGCUGAGGGCCACAAGGAGUCCCAGGCAGCUGCUGGGGAGGAACGGCCCCCAGAAGCAAAUGGCAGGAAGGGCAACUCGGCUGGCAGUGAGCCGCCCCCACCCAAGACGGCCUGGGCAGAGGCCUCCCGGCCUCCGGAGACGGAGACGGAGGCGGGGCCUCCUGCCCCGAAGCCGCCCCCGCCCCCGCUGCACCGGGGCCCCGCUGGGAACUGGGGCCCCCCCGGCGAUUACCCAGAUCGUGGGGGCCCGCCCUGCAAGCCCCCAGCGCCUGAGGAUGAGGAUGAGGCGUGGCGGCAGCGGCGGAAGCAGUCCUCGUCCGAGAUCUCCCUGGCCGUGGAGCGCGCCCGGCGGCGCCGGGAGGAGGAGGAGCGCCGCAUGCAGGAGGAGCGCCGGGCGGCCUGCGCCGAGAAGCUCAAGCGGCUCGACGAGAAGUUCGGGGCGCCCGACAAGCGGCUCAAAGCAGAGCCUGCUGCCCCGCCUGCUGCCCCUCCUGCCCCGGCGCCACCACCUGCUGCCCCCAAAGAGCUCCCCUCACCUCCUCCACCAGCACCAGCCCCACCACCAGAAAAAGAACGGGAAGAGCCGGCCCAGGCUCCUGCCCAGGCCACCCCCACUCCAGGUGCGGCUGCACCUCCUGUCCUGGUGAGUGGUGGUGGCAGCACCAGUAGCACCAGCAGUGGCAGCUCCGAAGCCAGCCCAGUGGAACCCCAACUGCCCUCCAAGGAGGGUCCUGAACCACCAGAAGAGGUUCCUUCUCCUGCCACCCCUCCAGCCCCGAAGGUGGAACCCAAGGGUGAUGGGGUUGGGCCCACCCGGCAGCCCCCUAGUCAGGGCUUGGGCUACCCCAAAUAUCAGAAGUCGUUACCUCCUCGUUUCCAGCGGCAACAGCAGGAGCAGCUCCUGAAGCAGCAACAGCAGCAGUGGCAGCAGCACCAGCAGGGCUCCGCCCCCCCUGCCGCGGUGCCCCCCUCACCACCACAGCCUGUGACCGUAGGGGCUGUGCCAGCUCCACAGGCUCCCCCUCCCAAGGCCCUGUACCCAGGGGCUCUGGGUCGCCCCCCACCCAUGCCUCCGAUGAACUUUGACCCCCGCUGGAUGAUGAUUCCUCCUUACGUGGACCCCCGGCUCCUCCAAGGCCGGCCCCCCCUGGACUUCUACCCGCCCGGCGUGCACCCCUCCGGCCUCGUUCCCCGGGAGCGCUCAGACAGCGGAGGCUCCAGCUCCGAGCCAUUCGAGCGCCACGCGGGCCCCCUCGUACGGGAUCGGGGCACCCCGCCGGGGGACGCAAAGUUGGCCUGGGUAGGAGAUGUCUUCACCACCACACCCACUGACCCUCGCCCGCUCACCUCACCACUGCGACAGGCCGUCGAGGAGGACGACAAGGGGAUGAGGAGUGAAACCCCUCCCGUGCCUCCCCCCCCACCCUAUCUGGCCAGUUACCCCGGCUUUCCCGAGAACGGCGCCCCUGGGCCCGCCCUCCCUCGCUUCCCUCCGGAGGAGCUGCCGGCCCCGGGGCCCCGCCCGCUGCCCUGGCCCCCCGGCAGUGAGGAGGCAGCCAAGACACAGGCUUCCCCGCCCAAGAAGGAGGCCCCCAAGGAGGAGCCGCCACAGCCCACAGGGCCGGAAGCCAGCCGGAAGCCGCCCCGGGGGGUGGGAGGCCAGGGCCCCCCGCCAGCCCGCAGAGAGAGCCGCACCGAGACCCGCUGGGGCCCGCGCCCCGGCAGCAGCAGGCGCGGGGGCCCUCCAGAGGAGCCCGGGGCCCCGCCCCGCCGCGCCGGGCCCAUCAAGAAGCCCCCGCCUCCUGCAAAGGCCCAGGAGCUGCCUCCCAAGCCCCCCGAACGGGGGGAUGAAGCCCUCACGGUCCCAAAGCCAGACCCACUCAAGACAGCAAAGGGGAAGGUGGGGGGCCCCAAGGAGACUCCACCUGGCGGGCCCCUUUCCCCGGCCCCGAGGCUUCGGAGGGACUACUCCUACGAAAGAGUGGGGCCUGCCUCCUGCCGUGGCCGCGGGCGAGGCGAGUAUUUUGCCAGAGGGAGAGGGUUCCGGGGGACAUACGGGGGGCGAGGACGCGGCGGCCGAAGCCGAGAGUUCCGCAGUUACCGCGAGUUCCGUGGCGAUGACGGGCGUGCAGGGGGGGCAGGGGGACCCGGCCACCCCCCUGCGCCCCGGGGCCGCACCGCCAGCGAGACGCGGAGUGAGGGCUCGGAGUACGAAGAGAUCCCCAAGCGGCGCCGGCAGCGGGGCUCCGAGACGGGCAGCGAGACCCACGAGAGUGACCUGGCCCCUUCGGACAAGGAGGCCCCCCCGCCCAAGGACGGUGUCCUCGCCCCCGCGCCUCCGGCUCCCCCGCCCGCAGGAGCGCCUCCUUCGCCGGCCCCAGCCCGCUUCCCUGCUGCCCGCGGGGGGCGCGUCUUCACCCCCAGAGGGGUGCCCUCCCGCCGGGGCCGGGGCGGGGGCCGGCCCCCUCCGCCCGUUUGCCCGAGCUGGGCCCCUCCGGCCAAGUCUCUGGCCCCCAAGAAGCCGCCAGCUGGUCCCCUGCCGAGUAAGGAGCCGCCGAAAGAGAAGCUGAUGGCGGGGCCCCUGUCCCCCAUGGCCCGCGCCGGCCCCGGCCUGGGCCUGGCCGGGGAGGACGGGGAGCGGCCCCGGAGGCGGCGGCACGGGCGGGCUCAGCAGCAGGACAAGCCGCCCCGCUUCCGCAGGCUGAAGCAGGAGCGGGAGAGCGCCCGGGGCGCCGAGGGCCGGCGCGCGUCCCCCGCCCGCCCGCCCGCCACGCCGGCGCCCGAGGAGGCCCCCGCCCCCGCGUCCGCCCCCCCGCCACCGCGCCGGGCAGCUGCCAAGUCUCCUGACCUGUCGAACCAGAACUCGGACCAGGCCAACGAGGAGUGGGAGACUGCCUCCGAGAGCAGCGACUUUGCCAGUGAGCGCCGGGGGGACAAGGAGGCUCCUCCGUCAGCACUGCUGACCCCCAAGAUUGCGGGGACUCCUGGGGGCGGGGCCGGCGGGGCCGGGCCAGGCAUUACCGCCAUGUCGCGGGCAGAUCUGAGCCAGAGAGCCAAGGACCUGAGCAAGCGGAGCUUCUCGAGUCAGCGGCCAGGCAUGGAGAGGCAGAACCGGCGCCCCGGCCCCAGCAGCAAGGCCGGCGCCGGGGGCGGCGCCGGGGGAGGGCCCGGAGGCAGGGCCGGCCCAGGGCGCGGGGACAAGAGGAGCUGGCCCUCUCCCAAGAACCGGAGCCGCCCUCCAGAGGAGCGCCCCGCAGGCCUCCCUCUGCCUCCCCCGCCCCCGAGCAGUUCUGCUGUCUUCCGCCUGGACCAGGUGAUCCACAGCAACCCUGCUGGCAUCCAACAGGCCCUGGCCCAGCUCAGCAGCCGCCAGGGGAGUGCAGCUGCACCAGGGGGGCACCCAAGGCCCAAGCCUGGGCCUCCCCUCACUCCUCAAGGCCCGUCCCCUCGGCCCCCAACCCUCUAUGACCCUCAGAGGGCCAGCAACAACAGCAUUGGCAUCGGUUCAGACCUCCACUUCGAGGAGCCAGGGCCGAUGGUGAGGGGGGUGGGCGGGACUCCCCAGGAUGCUGCCGGGGUUAAUUCUUUCCCCCCCAAACGGCGGGAGCGGCCUCCCAGAAAACCGGAGCUGCUGCAGGAGGAAUCUUUGCCGCCUUCUCAUAGCUCUGGAUUCUUGGGCCCCAAGCCUGAGGGCCCAGGCCCUCACGGAGCGUCUAGAGAUGCAGAGACAGAGGCCCUGACCCCUCACAUCUGGAAUCGUUUACAUUCUGCCUCUAGUCGGAAGAGUUACCGGCCUGGCCCCGUGGAGCCCUGGAUGGAGCCCCUGAGUCCCUUUGAGGACGUGGCCGCCACGGAGAUGAGUCAGUCUGACAGUGGGGUGGACCUGAGUGGGGAUUCUCAGGUAUCGUCAGGUCCCUGCAGCCAGCGAAGUUCCCCUGAUGGAGGACUCAAGGGGGCAGCAGAGGGGCCCCCCAAGCGGCCUGGAGGCCCCUCACCCCUGAAUGCUGUUCCUGGUGAGGGUCCACCUGCCUCUGAACCCUCUGAACCUCCUAGGAGACGGCCACAUGCCCCCCCUGAUGGGGACAGAAAGGAGCUGCCCCGGGAGCAGCCUCUGCCCCCUGGUCCCAUCGGCACAGAACGACUGCAGCGCGCGGACCGCGGCCCGGAGCCCGGCUCCCUGCGGCCAUCCUGCCGGCCCGGUCCCCCGGGCCAGUUCGGCACCAGUGACAAGGACUCAGACUUGCGCCUAGUGGUGGGAGACAGUUUAAAAGCAGAGAAGGAGCUCACGGCAUCCGUCACUGAGGCCAUUCCCAUAUCCCGAGACUGGGAGCUGCUCCCUAGUGCUGCUGCCUCCGCUGAGCCGCCACCACAGCCCAGGAGCCUGGCGCCCGGGCACUGUGGCCCAGAGCCCAGCCCCGCAGGCCAGCGCUUGUACCCCGAGAUCUUCUACGGCAGCCCCGGGCCUGCCGGCUCCCAGGUUUCAGGGGGAGCCAUAGACUCUCAGUUACAUCCCAACAAUGGGGGCUUCCGCUCUGGGACGCCAGUGCACCCUUACCGGUCACAGCCCCUGUACCUGCCCCCGGGCCCGGCACCCCCCUCAGCACUGCUCUCAGGCGUGGCUGUCAAGGGCCAGUUCCUGGAUUUCUCAGCGCUGCAAGCAGCCGAGCUGGGGAAGUUGCCGGCUGGAGUUCUCUACCCGCCACCUUCCUUCCUCUACUCUCCAGCCUUCUGCCCCAGCCCUCUGCCUGACCCGCCCCUGCUUCAGGUGCGCCAGGAUCUGCCAUCCCCCCCAGAUUUUUACUCUACUCCUCUGCAGCCUGGUGGCCAGAGUGGCUUCCUCCCCUCGGGGGCUGCCCAGCAGAUGCUUCUACCCAUGAUGGACUCCCAGCUGCCUGUGGUGAACUUCGGCUCCCUGCCACCAGUGCCGCCUCCUGCCCCACCCCCCCUUUCUCUGUUACCUGUGGGCCCUGCUCUGCAGCCCCCCAGUUUGGCUGUGCGGCCCCCACCUGCUCCUCGGGUGCUGCCUUCGCCUGCCAGGCCCUUCCCCCCUGGCUUGGGGCGAGCAGAGCUUCACCCAGUAGAACUAAAGCCGUUCCAGGACUAUCGGAAACUGAGCAGCAGCCUUGGGGGGCCGGGAUCAUCCUGUGCUCUUCCAGCUGGAAGGUCUUUCUCUGGCCUCAGUUCCCGUCUCAAAGCCACACCCUCCACCUAUAGCGGUGUCUUCCGCACCCAGCACAUUGACCUUCACCAGCAGGCCUCCCCGCCUGACGCCCUACGCUGGAUGCCGAAGCCUUGGGAGCGGCCAGGGCCGCCUUCCCGACGGGCAGAAGAGCCUGGGGCCCGAGGAGACAAGGAGCCUAGGUUGCCCCCACCCCGCUGAGGGAGUUCCUCUUGCCCGUCCCCCAGGCCUUGUAUAUAGAUUAUAAAUAUAUAAGGGGAAAGGGGUGGGUGGGAGGGGUUGUGGGGCUGGGGCCUCGCUUCCCCUCCUCCCUGCUCCCCUGGUCCCCUCUCCCUGGGGCCAUUUGUUAA